UUAUUAUCCCAUAGAAAGCUCGUGAAGUUUCCAGCAGUUACUAUAGCGACGUCUGGACUAUAUAAAUAAAGCUACUCGGAACCGUAAGAAAGGUAGUCCAAUAGAGCAGGCGAGUGAAGCUACUGCUAAAGAAGACUUAUCUGACACGACACCGAUCUUGGUUCCAGCUAUUCCCUAAGAUGUCCGGAAAGUCCGUAGCGAUCGGCAUUGACCUGGGUACCACCUACUCCUGCGUCGGUGUCUUUCAGCAUGGCAAAGUGGAGAUCAUCGCUAACGACCAGGGGAACCGCACCACUCCCAGCUAUGUAGCCUUCACAGACACCGAGAGGCUGAUCGGUGAUGCUGCCAAAAAUCAGGUAGCCCUUAACCCUCAGAAUACCGUCUUUGAUGCAAAGAGGCUGAUUGGCAGAAAAUAUGACGAACCCGUGGUGCAGUCAGACAUGAAGCAUUGGCCCUUUAGAGUUGUAAGUGAUGGAGGGAAGCCUAAAAUGAAGGUAGAAUACAAAGGAGAAGAGAAGUGCUUCUCUCCUGAAGAGAUCUCCUCUAUGGUACUAACAAAGAUGAAGGAGACUGCUGAAGCCUAUUUGGGAUUUCCUGUAACCAAUGCAGUAAUUACUGUACCAGCCUACUUCAAUGAUUCACAGAGACAGGCUACCAAGGAUGCUGGUGUUAUUGCUGGAUUGAAUGUACUGAGAAUUAUUAAUGAACCAACUGCAGCUGCCAUUGCUUAUGGACUUGAUAAGAGUUCCAGAGGAGAACAUAAUGUUCUGAUUUUUGACCUGGGAGGUGGUACCUUUGAUGUCUCCAUUCUCACCAUUGAUGAUGGCAUCUUUGAGGUUAAAGCCACAGCUGGAGACACCCACCUGGGAGGUGAAGAUUUUGAUAACCGUAUGGUGAACCACUUUGUAGAGGAAUUCAAACGUAAGCACAAGAAAGACAUGUCCCAAAACAAGAGAGCAGUCAGAAGAUUGAGAACAGCCUGUGAGAGAGCAAAGCGUACUCUAUCUUCCAGCACCCAAGCCAGUCUAGAGAUUGACUCACUAUACGAAGGUAUUGACUUUUACACCUCUAUCACCAGGGCUCGCUUUGAAGAACUAUGCUCAGAUCUUUUUAGAGGUACUCUGGAGCCUGUGGAGAAAUCAUUAAGAGAUGCCAAACUGGAUAAGGCACAGAUCCACGACAUUGUCCUGGUAGGAGGAUCCACUCGCAUUCCUAAGGUCCAGAAGUUGCUCCAAGAUUUCUUUAAUGGACGAGAACUUAACAAGAGCAUCAAUCCAGAUGAAGCUGUAGCCUAUGGUGCCGCUGUGCAGGCUGCGAUUCUGAUGGGUGACAAGUCUGAGAAUGUACAAGACCUGCUUUUGUUAGAUGUAGCACCACUGUCCCUUGGCUUGGAGACUGCUGGAGGUGUAAUGACUGUUCUGAUCAAGCGCAACACAACCAUUCCAACCAAGCAAACUCAGAUAUUCACCACCUACUCAGACAACCAGCCUGGAGUCCUCAUCCAGGUUUAUGAGGGAGAGAGGGCCAUGACCAAAGACAAUAAUCUUUUGGGCAAGUUUGACCUCAGUGGUAUUCCCCCAGCUCCCCGUGGUGUGCCACAGAUUGAAGUGACAUUUGAUAUAGAUGCUAAUGGAAUCCUCAAUGUCUCUGCUGUUGACAAGAGUUCAGGCAAGCAGAACAAAAUUACUAUUACCAAUGACAAGGGCCGUCUAAGCAAAGAGGAAAUUGAAAAGAUGGUACAAGAGGCAGAUAAAUAUAAAGCAGAUGAUGAAGCUCAGCGAGAGAAAAUUGCAGCUAAAAACUCGUUGGAGUCCUAUGCCUUUAACAUGAAAAGUACAGUGGAGGAUGAUCAGCUUAAGGGCAAGAUCAGUGACAGUGAUAAGAAAACCAUUCUGGACAAAUGCAAUGACAUCAUCUCUUGGAUAGAAAGUAACCAACUAGCAGAGAAGGAGGAAUAUAAUCACCAACAGAAAGAGCUGGAAAAGGUGUGCAAUCCCAUCAUCACAAAACUGUAUCAGGGAGGGAUGCCAGGGGGCAUGCCCGGAGGAAUGCCAGGUGCCAGCUCUGGUGCCCAAUCUAAGCCAGGCCCCACCAUUGAAGAGGUUGAUUAAAGUGCAUUUUUUUGCCACUGUAAAAUACCAAGACGAAUGCAUGUUGGACAAUUUAUAAUUUGGCUUUUAGCUGCUUAAAAUGCAUUGGAUUAAAAAAAAUGCUUAUCUAUGUGCCAAGUUAUCUGAUACUGGUUGCUAUUAUUUUAGAUAUGUUAAGUUUGUUAAUGGAAUAAGACAAAGUGUGCUUAAACAGGCACAGGAUUUAGUAUUUGUUACAAAUAAAAUAAUAGUAUUGUAUUUCAGACUAAAGGUCUAGAUGGCAUUUCAUCUGUAAACUUUACUGGAAGGAGUUAACAUUUUCACAACCUUAUUAAAAAGUCAUUUUUGCUAUUGCUACCAGGUGUAAAGUUUGCAUAUUGAAUGUGAUCCAGCACUUUGUCUGCAGGUGUAUUUAAUACCAAAAAUGUGUGUUUGUUUUUUACAUUCUUAUAUAAAGAAUUAGAAUUCAUAAAUGGAAGAUAAACAUUAAUGGUGCACUUCAGGAAAUUAGUGCAGCAUUGAAUACAACCCACAAAGUGCAUUU